AAGGAGGGGGUGUGUUGAAGGGACUUCUGGGGGCACCGCUUGUCCGGGAAGAAUGGGGGAGAAGUGGCAGCAGCUGCCGCGCGAUCUCCAAGGACGUCGGUGUAGCUCCCCGGGAGACCCUCUGCCCUUUCCCCUCCCACCCAGCAGGCGAGCAGGGACUAAGCUGGCUGAUUAUCACCUGACGCAGCGCAGCCGAGGAUCCCAUUGGUGGAGCCAGAUUUGACUGGCUCUCCCGUUCUCUCUCGCCCUCUCUGCCUCUCCUCCACGCCGCUUUGAUUUCGCUCUCGCCUCUCUGCCUGUGCUCGGCUGGGAUCGUCGUCUCACCGGAGGGAGGCAGGGAGGCAGCAGCGCGAGCUGCGAGCUGCGAGCCCCACCACAGCUGCCUGCCUGCGGGGCAUGGAAGCUGCCUCCUUGGCGGCAGCAGGGAGAGGAGCGAGCGGGCGUCGCUGCCCGUGACCCAGGCGUCCGCGCUGUCCCCGCACCCGGGGAGCUCAUCCACGCAGAGGUCUCGCCUCUCCCUCCCAGCCACGUCUUCGUCUGCAGAGUCCCGUGGACACUGGGGCCGAUUCAGAGGGGGAGCAUGGAGCUGCUGUCCACCCCUCACAGCAUCGAGAUCAACAACAUCACCUGUGACUCCUUCCGCAUCUCCUGGGCCAUGGGGGACAGCGACCUGGAGAGGGUCACCCACUACUUCAUCGACCUCAACAAAAAGGAGAAUAAAAACUCCAACAAGUUCAAGCACCGGGAUGUCCCCACCAAGCUUGUGGCCAAGGCGGUGCCACUGCCCAUGACAGUGAGAGGCCACUGGUUCCUGAGCCCCCGCACGGAGUACAGCGUGGCCGUGCAGACGGCGGUGAAACAGAGCGACGGCGAGUACCUGGUGUCCGGCUGGAGCGAGACGGUGGAGUUUUGCACUGGGGAUUACGCCAAGGAGCACCUGGCGCAGCUGCAGGAGAAGGCUGAGCAGAUCGCCGGCCGCAUGCUGCGCUUCUCCGUCUUCUACCGCAACCAUCACAAGGAGUACUUCCAGCACGCCAGGACCCACUGCGGGAACAUGCUGCAGCCUUACCUAAAAGACAACAGCGGCAGCCACGGCUCCCCCACGAGCGGCAUGCUGCACGGCGUGUUCUUCAGCUGCAACACCGAGUUCAACACCGGCCAGCCCCCGCAGGACUCCCCCUACGGCCGCUGGCGCUUCCAGAUCCCCGCCCAGCGUCUCUUCAACCCCAGCACCAACCUCUACUUUGCGGACUUCUACUGUAUGUACACGGCCUACCACUAUGCCAUCCUGGUGUUGGCGCCCAAGGGCUCCCUGGGCGACCGCUUCUGCCGCGACCGCCUGCCCCUCCUGGACAUUGCCUGCAACAAGUUCCUGACCUGCAGCGUUGAAGACGGGGAGCUGGUCUUCCGCCACGCCCAAGACCUCAUCCUGGAGAUAAUCUACACGGAGCCCGUCGACCUGUCCCUGGGCACCCUGGGGGAGAUCAGCGGGCACCAGCUCAUGAGCCUGUCCACAGCUGAUGCCAAGAAAGACCCCAGCUGCAAGACCUGCAACAUCAGCGUGGGCCGCUAGGGACCCCCCUCCUCGGGGCUGGGGGCUGGGGAGAGAGGGCGGGAAGGCUGGAGAUGAGUGGCAGAGCUUCAGGGAACUGGCUUUCUCUCCCCUGCCCCCCUUGGUCCACUCCCUGCACUCUACCUGUCUUGCCCCGUCUCCCACCCCCUGGCAUUGAAGGCAACAGACGGUGGUGUCCCCUUGAUGAGUGGCGCCCAGCCGAGGCCCAGCGGACUUGGGGGGCUUCUUAGCCUCUGUGGGCUGGGAUUCUGGAGCACUCUCCCUGCCUCUGGGUACCCUGUCCUGUGGUUCCCUGCGGUCUCCCAGAGGCCCUGGCUGCCUCCCUUGCUCUCCCAGGAAGCGUCUCCGGGCCAAAGGCCAUGCAAAGGGAGACACAGAUGGCCUUCCUCAGCCCCACCCCACUCAGGGCCACCCCAGAACGUCCCCUCCUGGACAGCUGGGCCGUGGGGGCUUCCCCCAGAGGGCCUAGACCCCUGCCCUCUAUAUAAAUAGUCUCCUGCUCCAGCGUCAUGCCCUGGCUGCUCCCUGCCCCCAGACCCUCUUCCUGCAUGGGGGAGCUGCGCUGCCUUCACCCCCCUGCCCACGUGGGCGCUCCUCCUGCUCUCUGGGAAGGAGCCCUCUUUGUUCGCUCGGCUUUGGGGGCUCCAGGCUGGUGGGAUUUUCCCCCUUCUCCCUGGAGCCGACACCUACUCCAGUGUACCUCUCCUGGCACAGGAAGCACUGGGUGGGGGGUCUAGAACAGCAGCCACUGGGGGGUCGAGGAGGGGGCAGGAGACCCCUGAGACCCAGAGACCCCUUCCUCAGCCAGGAGUGGGCCACCUCGUGCCCUGAUGUGGCCCACCGUGGACGUGGAGGACUGGGGGGGGGCGCUUCUGAAGAGGCCUGGCACCCCACCCGGCUGUGCACUGGACUCGCUAGCUCUGCCACGGCGCUGUGACUGUGCCCGUGUGUGAUCCGGACUGUGGAUGCCGCUCUGCGCCCCGCCCCCUCCGCCCGCCGCCACCCCUGCCGCCCUGCUGGCUGUGUGUGGGGGGUCCCUCCCUGGGGAGUCCUUGUGAAGUCCCUGCCUGCGUGUUCACCUACUGCCUACUGCUGCACCGCUUGCAAGGGCAGACUCAGCAAAGCACCGGAGAGACCCGGGAGCGGCUCAUGGAAGAGAAAGCGCUCCCCACCGGGUGACUUUCUGGGGUGGAGGGCGGAAGGGGCCAGCGAGGCUGUGCCGCGGAGGGUGGGGGGCCACGGCUCACCUCUCCUGUGGCCAGGGAGCGGUGCAGUCAGCUGUCUCCUGGGGGUGGGUCGGGAGGUCUGAAUCGUGGAGCAGGAGAGGACAGGGCCCCAGGCCCUCUUCCCGUCCCCAUGUCGCUGUGGGGUGGCCCACCGCCCUCUCUGGCCCGGCGUCCUCCUGGGGCUGGGCCCGCCCGCCUAUGCUGUGCUUGCCGUGUGCACCAAUAAAACCACCUCGGCCAGAGGGGCCCGCC